AGAUAGAUAGAAUCAUAAGAGAGAGAGAGAGAGAGAGAGAGAGAGAUGAGUUGUUCCAGGAAGAGUGAUGUGGGUGUGUUGGUGGUGGCGGUGGCUGCCAUUCUGUUGGUCGGAGGAAUGCAGGCGGUAGAGGGGCAGGAUACGGCGUGCGCGACUCCAUUGCUGCCUUGCGCUAAUUUCCUAAACUCGACCACACCGCCUGAGACGUGCUGCCAACCUAUUCGGCAGACGGUACAGACCCAAUUGUCCUGCCUCUGCAACCUCCUCAACAGCAGCCUCCCUCAGAGUCUCGGACUCAACGUCACCCAACUUCUUGAGCUUCCCAAGUACUGUGGUGUCAAUGUUAGAGUCAGCGAUUGCAUCAAAGCUCAAGCUCCUUCUCCUUCUGCAUCUCUCACACCUCCACCUCCUCCAGGAGUUCCGGGAAGCGACGGCAAUGGCGUGAGCAAGACGGCAUGGACCGGGAUGACUAGCUUGGUUCUACUUUGGACCUCCAUGUUUGUGUUUUAAUUGAGGAUUGCAGAGAUUUUAUUUCAGAGGAUUAGGAUGCCCGGCCGGCCAGAUUUAAUUUCUUAUUUGCUUGUAUUUUUAUAUGUAUGAUGUGUUCUAUCAUGUGUGCUUGUAUUCAAUUGAUCUAAAUAAGUAUUUUAUAUAUAAUUA